AUGUUUUCCUACACAGGGGGAGGGGCCACUAGACAGCAUAAAUAAAAUGAUGCUCUUCAGGAAGUUCUGCAGAGAGGGUCUUCAGGAGUGCAGAAAUGUUUUCCAUUUCGUGUCUGCUUGUUCUGGCGGUUUGGCUGACUGGCGUCGAGAACUCUUCUACUGAGUCGCGUCUUGAUCGCGCUUUUAUCAAGAGGGCUGUAGAAGAUGCCAUUCGCACUGUGGACGCCGCCUAUAAGUAUUCGCGAGAAGCGGACGUGUCCAAGCUGCGGGAAAGCUUCUCGAAGCCCUCGGAUCUCCUGGCGUUCCUCAAGCGCCCCUCCCGCGAUACGCGCUCGGCGGUGCGCUCGGCCGAGUACAUGGAAAACGCCUUGAGACUCAUCCAGGAGAGAACCCACCAUCUCCACAAGCGUGCUAUCAACGCCACAGACCUGCUGUCGAAGGAAGACCUAGAGACGGUUGAAAGGCUGACUGGCUGUGCUGCCAGGGUUCAACCCCCGUCCUGCUUCACCACCCCUGAGGUCAAUGAGUACAGGACCAUCAACAGCGUGUGCAACAACAGGAAAAACUCUCGUCUGGGUGCUGCAAACACUGCAUUUACCCGCUGGCUGCCUGCGAAUUAUGACGAUGGGGUUUAUAUCCCCCGCGGCUGGGAUCCCUGUAAAACACAUAAUGGAUUUGUCCUUCCACUGGUCCGUGAGGUCUCCAACAAGAUUCUGAGCACUCGCAAUGAAGAAAUUGAAAUUGAUAGCGUUAACACCCACUUUAUGGUCAUCUUUGGUCAGUGGACUGACCACGACCUCACGCUCACUCCCUUUUCUCCCAGCAUCCGCUCCUUCAGCAACGGCAUCAACUGUGAUGAGAGCUGUGAACGGGCAAGCCCCUGCUUCCCCAUCAAGGUCCCCAAAAAUGACCCCAGAAUUAAGAACCCCGCUGCCUGCAUCGCUUUCUUCCGCUCGGCCCCAGCGUGCGCCACUGGGGACAGCGCAUACAUGUUCGGUGAUCCCAACGUCCGGCAGCAGAUCAACUCCCUCACCGCCUUCAUCGACGUAGGCCAGGUGUACAGCCCUGAAGAGAGCUUAGCCAAGGGGCUGCGCAACCUGACCAAUGAUCUGGGCUUAAUGGCCGUCAACCAGAACUUCACCGACAAUGGGCUGGAGCUCCUGCCCUUCACGAACGUGUCCAGCAAUAUGUGUGCAACCCGGAGGAAAGGCACCAAUAACAGCGCAUUGAAUGAAAUCCCCUGCUUUGUGGCAGGUGAUGAACGAGUCAAUGAGAACAUCGGCCUGACUGCUGUCCACACGCUGUUUGUCCGGGAACACAACCGCCUGGCACGUGCCCUCCGUGCACUCAACCCCCACUGGAGUGGGGAGAAACUCUACCAGGAGGCUCGGAAGAUCAUGGGAGGGUAUCACCAGGUCAUCACCUACCGCGACUAUCUGCCGCGCAUCCUGGGGGAGCGCAUGAUGCAGCUCCAAGUCGGCCCGUACACCGGCUACGACGAGAACGUCGACCCCCGAAUCUCCAACGUCUUCGCCACUGCCGCCUUCCGCUUUGCCCACCUCACCAUUCAGCCCUCCAUGUUCCGGCUGGAUGAAAACUACAACGAGCACCGCCAGUUCCCCAGCGUCCUGCUGCACAACGCCUUCUUUGCCAACUGGAGGCUGGUGUUCGAAGGUGGAAUUGAUCCUCUGAUCAGGGGUCUCAUUGGCCGUCAAGCCAAACUCAACACCCAGCAGCACAUGUUGCACCAGGAGCUGAGAGACAGGCUCUUCGAGCUGACCAGCCACAUCGCCCUGGACCUAGCGGCCCUCAACAUGCAACGCUCCAGAGACCACGGGGUGCCAGGGUACAAUGCCUGGAGGAAAUUCUGUCGUCUCUCUCAGCCCAAGAACGUGCAGGAGCUGGGACUCGUGCUCAACAACACGGACCUGGCGAAGCGGCUGAUUGACCUGUACGGGACUCCAGACAACAUUGACAUCUGGCUGGGCGGCAUCUCCGAACCCUUCGUGCCAGGGGGGAGGGUGGGCCCACUCUUUGCCUGCAUCAUCGGCACACAGUUCCAGCGGAUCCGAAAUGGGGACAGGUUCUGGUGGGAAAAUCCCGGAGUGUUCACACAGAGGCAGAGGGAAUCCUUGAACCGUGUCUCCUUGGCAAGGAUCAUCUGUGACAACACCCGGAUUAGAGACGUACCAGCUCAGCCCUUCCAGUACCGGCCGCGCGGAUCAGGCUACACCAAUUGCGGGCAGAUCCCACAGUUUGACCUCUCCCCCUGGAAUGAACCAAACCCGGCGAGCAACAGCGUUGUUGAGACAGAAGAUUCCUUUUCUGAGCAGAGCUCAAGAUCUCAGGUUAGACAACAGUCAGAAACACUGACAAAACUCUACCUGCACUCCAGUCUCAUAAUUCCUGGUCUUUAUUGUUUUGCAAUUAUAACGCUUUGUGCAACCUUACCAAUUGUUCAGCGCACAUAAAACCAUGCACUUUUU